AUGUUGAUGCUCUUUCAUGCUUCUUCCAAUACAUGGCUUUCAUCAUCCAUGCUUGGGCUGCAGUACCUUCAUGACUUUGGCAUUGUGCAUCGCGACAUCAAGCCAGCCAACAUUCUCCUCGAUACAGAUAUGCAGGCCAAGAUCGCGGACUUUGGGCUGGUGAAGCUGAGUGGAGGCACAUCCACGGGCACCUCUGUGGCGGCCACUCGAGUGAUGGGCACACCGGGCUAUGUGGACCCCGCUUAUUACAAAACACACAAGGCCACUCCAGCUGCAGAUGUGCACAGCUUCAGAGUGGUGAUGCUGGUGGUAAUCACGGCACGCAAGGCCAUCCACGUGACCGAAGAGAAUCAGAUCAGCCUUAAGCAAUGGGUGGCGCCAUUGGUCGCAUCUAGUGAUGUGGCAGCAUUCAAGGACCCUCACUUGGAUGCUUUUGAUGACUUGGUGUUGCGCAUGUCUCGCUUGGCCCUCGCCUGCACUGCCAUGCCCACUGCCUCCCGCCCCACCAUGGGUCAAGUAUUGGUGGAUCUGGUGAAGAUGAAAGAGGAGUUUGUUGGCGACAGGGUGAAGAGCAUUGCAUCCCGCAUUGACAAGGAGAUGGACAUCUCAUCUCACCUUGAUUUCAAUGCUGAGAUAGCUCGGGCGCAGGACACAGCUGAGAAGAUUGCUUCUUCUACUAAUAGUGUCACUGUUUCUUGA